AUGACUACUGACGUUUCUCGACAGCUGGCUCCUGCCACGGAGACUAAUGUUGUAGCUGGAAAUGCUGAACGCCGCAAGGGUCGCAAGCCAUUCGGCUCCCUCAUGAAGCGCCUCGCUUCUCUCAAGAACCACACCAACAGUGCCUCCUCUUCCUCCCAAUCACGGACCGCAAAUGGUCUCUCAACUGCCUGUUCUGGCCAGUCGGGAUACUCUGCAAACUAUCCUUACAAGGGCGGAAAGUCUGCGAGCGGACCCCCCUCUACAUCUGCCUCUGCAGUGGCUCCCUCUCAUAUCUCUUUCGGCCCAAACCAUCACGGGUCUACUCACUCUUUGUCUAGCACGGCAUCGGUCUCUUCUAGCACAUCCGGAGAUCACUCGCUCACGCAAACCCCCUCGGAGAAGUCCCGCGGCCGCCCCGCACCAUCCGCGAUAACUGCGACAACAGCAACUACGUCUGCGUUUUCCUCCCCGACACCGUCUGUCCGCUCACUCACCACAACACUCACGACAAUCCAGUCUACCGCGCCAGGCUCCAUGCUCGAUCCGUACCCGCAUUACAACCCGCAUCCAUCCCACCAUCAUAAUCCAAAUGCCCCGCCAAUGCUGUUCCAGCACCAGUUUCCCUCGUCUCCUAAUGGCAAUCCGCCAACAAGCCCAGGACCAGUGAUGGCCAUGAAUAAUGGCUCACUCCACCCUCUCAACUACUCCACUGCUACAGCAGGUGGUCUCCUGACUGAUAAUGCUUCAAUUCUUACUUUGGCCUCCUCAUCCAAAAGACAGCGCCGCCACUCCCUGGAUACCGAUGCAUCGGUGCGCGCCCUUGCGCCAUCCUCGCUCUGGGGUGGGUCGCGUGAGUCGCUCCCACUAUCGGUGUUGUCGGGAAACUUCGACACUGGGAGGAGUAUAGCUGGAGACAGGGGAAGCAUUUACGGAUCCACGUCUUUCACCACUGCAAGGGGAGGGGAUGCAGCGAGUAUGAGUUAUGCAGGGAGCAUGAGGGAUUAUGCUGGCGGGAGCGGAAGCAUCAUGGGCGAAAUCUCGGGAGCAAACCCGUUGUGUACCAGCCCUCACGCGGGAAUGACAAUUAUUGGAAACAGGGAGAGCGUCAAUUUGGGAAGGAGCAGCAGAAGAAAUAGUGCUUGGGUUAGGGGCGAGGAGGAAGAGGAGGAGGAGGAUGAAGAUGACGAUGCAACAAAUAGGAGGAGGAGCAUGAGCGCAAACGGAGAUGCGGAUGACGGCGAAGGAAGAGGAGGGGAUGGGGCAAGCAUGCGAGAUGGUAGUAGCAGUGUGGGUAUCUGGCAUGGUGUUUAUGGGAAGCGUGAAGAUACGCGGGAGAAAGGUAGAAAGGAUAUGGAGAAGAACUAA